UAGUACAAUAGCGUGUGGUUUGAGACGCAGCCGCGAGCACCUGAGCUGAGACCCCCUUUAAAGCACACCUGCCCCCCCGGGGGACAGCUUCCCCUGACCGGAAGCAGCAGGAAAAGAGAGAGAGAGAGAGAGAGAGAGAGAGAGAGAGAGACGAAAAGGGAGUGCAAAGAGGAACAACUUCUGUCCCGGUUGUCCAAGAAAAAGCUCCUUUUUAGUGGCGAAAGAAAAGCGGAGGGACUCUGGGGGCCAGUUAAAUGUCAGUGUGGACGCGGUGAGGAAACUCUCACUUCAGUUUCUUUAUUAUUUCUUCAGGACUUCAUCCAGAAAGACACCUGCUGCGAGGAAAAAGGUGAACUGAGUUAAAGAGGGGAGGUUUUUGGGGGCGACCCGCAUCCUCGUGGUUUCCUUUCACUUUUCUCCUCUUUUUCUUUCUGAAGGGAGAUGACAGAGAAAAAGAUCGGAGCACCAGGAAUGGCCCUGUGUAGCCGGUGGAGAGCCGCUGUCGCUGUGGGUGUGUCUGCCGUGGUCCUGGCGGGACUGGGAGCCGCGAUCUGGGCCCUGGCUACAUACAUAAAGACAGCAGAAGACAUGGGUUUAUAUGACGUGCAGGUGAGCGUGGCGGACCAGAGACUGCGGGUGUUUGACUCCGCCCAGCGGCGGUGGAGACACGUCUGCUCGUCCAAUGCCAAUCAGCUGCUCGCCGCCAUCAGCUGUGAGGAGAUGGGCUUCAUCAGGGCAAUAAAUUUCUCCAUCACGUGCGCUUCUGACAGCAGCAGCAGCGGCCAAGAGUUCUUCUGCGUCAAAGAGAGCGAGUUAACCUACGGCAAGAAGAUCUCCACCGCGCUGUAUCCGUGUAACUGUGAAAAAGGACAGAUUGUUCAAGUGCUUUGUCAAGAUUGCGGGCGGCGUAUGCUUCCUGAGGAGCGGAUCGUCGGAGGUGUGGAUGCGCGACAGGGCUCGUGGCCGUGGCAGGUCAGUCUGCAGUAUGACGGAGUUCACCAGUGCGGAGGAUCCAUCAUAUCAGACCGCUGGAUCGUCAGUGCUGCACACUGCUUCCCUGAGAGAUAUCGUCAUGUGUCAAGGUGGAGAGUUUUGAUGGGUUCCAUCUACAACACGCCCAUCCAUAAGAACGUGGUGAUCGCUGAGGUGAAGACGGUGGUUUAUCACAGCAGUUACCUGCCCUUCGUCGACGCUAACAUCGACGACAACAGCCGCGAUAUCGCAGUGCUGUCUCUCACAAAGCCUCUGCAGUUCACUGACUACAUCCAGCCCGUGUGUUUGCCCACUUACGGUCAGCGGCUGGUUGAUGGUCAGAUUGGCACGGUGACUGGCUGGGGAAACGUCGAGUACUACGGCACGCAGGCGAAUAUCCUCCAGGAGGCCCACAUUCCCAUAAUCAGCGAUGCUGUCUGUAACGCCCCUGAUUACUACGACAACCAGGUCACCACCACCAUGUUCUGUGCUGGUUAUGAGAAAGGAGGAACCGAUUCCUGUCAGGGAGACAGCGGUGGUCCCUUCGUAGCGGCCGACUGUCUCUCUAAGACGAGCCGCUACAGGCUGCUGGGCGUGGUGAGCUGGGGGACGGGCUGCGCCAUGGCAAAGAAACCCGGCGUCUACACCCGAGUGUCCCGCUUCCUGCCCUGGAUAUCCAGCGCCAUGAGGACUUAUGAAAAUUCUCCCGGAGUCCAUAAAAUGGCUCGUGCAGCCACAGCGUAGGCCACCUGAGACUUGAAGCUGUAGGAAAAGACCGAGAUCAGGUCUGCGAUGGACGUCACGAAGUCCCCAAGACCAAAACAGUCGAUCAGAAAGAAGCCAAGUCUCCUGUUGCCUCGCCGUAGCUCAGACUGACGCCUUUCAGUCAAAUGUUAAUUUUGUCCAGUUGAUGUAAAACAGCAGCUGUAAUUCUGUAAAUAUGUAAUGACACAGUAUAGAGGAGGGAUAUACAGAAAAGUCUAAUGCAGGGUUUAUAGGGUGGGUUUUAUUCAAACUUUAUACACUUUCAGAAAAAAAGGUACUGGAAUGUACAAUUGUAGAGGUGCUAGCAUUGCCAAGAAGAAUUUAACCACCAAAAAAAAAAAAAAAACCCUAACGUAUAUCAGUAGGCAUAAACAAUAAAAUUUAUAUAGGUUAAAGUGAUAUUUAACCGCAGAAAUGUUUGGAUUUAUUCAAUAUAAUGAAUUCAGUUAAUCAUACAUUGUCUACAGCUGCAGUGAAAGAUAUUUAUACAUGAUUUUUUUGUAGCUCUGAACAUCAACAUAAUGGCUUUAGCAAAAAAAAAAAAAAAAUCAAUUUAUUUAAUUUUUAUAUGUACACUGAUUUUCACAACAUUGUCACAAAGCAGCUUUACAGAAAUCCACUUUUUAUUACACAAUUAAUACAUAUUAUCGUGUGUAUGACACAAAAGGUAAAAGAUCAAACAAAUCAAACAACUUGUUGGCCCAAAUAUGAGCGCAAAAUACUCAGUAUAUUAAAAAAAUAAAAUGAUGAUAGACUACAUUAUGAAAGAAAAUAUUUUUUUACAAAAAAAAUAACACUCAGCUUUUAUUAUUGAACUGCUGGUUUGUCAAUAUAGAAAUGCAACCUACUCUGUCUCAUAUACUCAUAUACGCAGGUCAAAGUUUAGAUAAAGCUGGCACAAAAAAAGCAAAAGUUAAAAAAACGUAGUUUUCAUGUCAAAAAAUUGUAUGCGGGUAAACCAUAAAUGUUGGCACCUCUCCUUUUGCUUGCUGCUCAAGGGUACCAUUAGUAUGAAUCUUUCAUCUAGAAAUGUGAAAAUAGUCUACCUUUAAAAAUGUUUCCAUUAAUAAUUAACUUUUAAAUAAAAGCACUAAAGAAAUCUACUAAAGGAACCCCAGUGACAAGGCACGGUUACAGUAAGUACCUUUUUGUUCCUAAGAGUGUAUGCGUGAAUUCAGAAAGCUAGUGCUUGACAAAAAUUUGAUGAAACAAUCGGGGUUUUUUUUGUUUGUUUAUUUACUAACAGGAAAUAUUGUUUGAAAAGGAAAAUGAUUAAAUAGUGUCUGUUAUAUGCAGGUUGUAAUCCAUGUACACUAGGCUUGUGCGAUAAAGAUUUUUCCCCCACUUUACCUUUUUCUUAAUAAUAACGAUUUAAUCGGCCGUGACUGUUAGCAAAAAAAAAAAAAAAAAAAAAAAACAGGAAAGCGAGAAUUUCCAUCUCAUAAGCUGUGCAGUCGGGAACUGCUUACUGGCAGUGGCAAGUACAAAACUCAGCUGGAUGUUGGAGAUUUAAUUCAAUUCAGUUCAGUUUUAUUUGUAUAGUGCUUUUAACAAUGGACAUUGUCACAAAGCAGCUUUACAGAAAUAAAUUAAUUCAUGAUAUAAAUUUAAAUUUUAUGAAUUGAUCCCUAAUGAGCAGGCCAGAGGCGACGGUGAUUUAGACGGUGAGCAUCAGUGAGUUUUAGGUGAUUCUGCAGUACGUAACAGUACAUUUUCGAUUUAAUCCUUUCACAGAUUUGUUGUCUAAUUUCCACAUGGCUGACAUUUUCACUGAUGCUGCUGCUCUUAGUGUUUGACUGGUGAAAGAAAAGAACCAAAAAACGUUAAUGUUAUUUGUAAAGUGGUAGAUUUAGCACUGUUUUAUAGGCUUGUUGAAUCCUUUUGGAUCAUUAUUUUCGUUGUUUUUUUUCUCUAACAUCAGUUAACAAUAUUUAUUAGGAAUGCCACUGGAAAAAAAAAAAAACAGCACGUUUGGGUUUUGGUUUUUCGGUGGCAUCCGUAAUAAAUAUAAUUAACUCAUGUUCAGUAUAUACCUGUGAAAUGUUAGCUAAGUCUAACAGACGCAGAUAGAUUUUAUUUCAUAUUAAUCAAUUCAAAACUUUCUCCAUUUAUUGUUACAGAGCGUGAGGGCGAGGGCGCAUGAGAUGGGGUAAGUGGGCGGGGCUUCCAGACAGUGUCAGUUAAUAUUGGAGUGUUCAAAACACCUACACAAAUCAUUCCAGAUUCAUAUUAAUAUCAGUUGUUUCUUCUCCCAUUUUAUUUAUUUUGAUGUAUUUUUGAGUGAUAUUAAAGUGUGGAGCUUAAAGGUUAAAGGUUAAAGGUUAAAGCGUAAAGGUUAGCAGGUCUGGUGAUGUAAUAUAAUCGGAGCAGACAUCACUGGUAUCAUGGCAGUGUGGUAUCGUGUAGAGACAAUUAAAUCUUUAUAUCGCACAUGCCUAAUGUACAGUCACUUUUUACUGACUCAGUGUAAUGAAGGAAUAUCGCAGAAGUCUGUACAGAAAGGUUUACAUCCUUGUUAAGCUGUUGGGGGGUGUAAUGCUGGAUAAAAAGUCUUAAAGUUGUAUUUUAGUAUAAGAUCAUAGAGCUUUUAUGAGCCGUGGCUUGCACGUAAUAGAAGACGUACACAUAAAUACGUAUGUGAAAUACGAUGGCUUAUUAAGUCCAUUAAAUCUGCACGUUAUAAAGUGUGUUUUUUCUGAACAUUUUGCUGUUUUGGUAUUCAGUCUGGACCUAAAACGAUUGGCUGUAGAGUUCAUAUCACACAAAAAAACCCUUAAUAUAUCCUGUGUUCCUCUUCUUUUAUUAUUAUUGUUUUCUUUUCUUUGUUAACGGCUGUGGAAGAGCAGUAAUAUAAACCAAAGACUGCUUUAUUUAGCCGCAGUAGUAUUAAAGUGGCAGUCAGUAUUUUUGCUUGUUACUUGUGUUUAUUGUUGUAAAUAUGAAGUAAAAAUCUUCUACUAUGCAAUAAAAUGUUUAAUUGUUAUUACGUUGUAUUUUUGAUUGUAUUGUAAGUUGCUACACUGUAAUUUAGCUGUUCUGGUAUAACACACUAUUUUAUAGUUAGUUAUUUAAUAUAAUUUACUGCAGAAUUUAUCAAACAAAAUAAAGUCAAUGUAGAAUACUCAGCUGGAGUUUUAUAUUUAAGGCGCAUUGAUGUUAAAGAUCCUGAAUUUCCCAUAAGCCCUCAUUAUUUUGUUAGAUGUAUGAUACAGGAGUAUGCAUCAGUCAUAAUAAUGUUUAUUCAUGUGCACUUUCUUUCUUUUGUGUUUGUGAAAGUUCAGUAAUUGAUGUGAAUAUAUGUACAUGACUGAAAUUCAAACUGCUUACCUCUUUAAUGAUGUUAAAGUUGCUGAAUAUAUAUAUAUAUAUAUAUAUACACCUAUAGCAUAAUUUAGCAUAAUGUUUGUUUUUUGGUCAAUUUCAUUGUAAAAGUUACAACCAUGGGCAUUGAAAUAAAGUCUUAAUUUUAAAUACGA